GAAAAUUGGUCCGCCUCCUAUCCUAACACAAGUUGGAAGCUAUGGCUCAAGAGAGAACCAUGGUGGCAUUCACUGCCCUGGCAGAAUACGGUGGGGCCCAUGGACCCUUCAACAAGGACACAACUCUGGUUUACAACAAGGUGAUUACAAACAUUGGUGAUGCCUACAAUAGCUGUACAGGGAUCUUCACAGCACCAGUGAACGGUCUCUACUACUUCAGCUUCAACACCUAUGGCUACAACACUCAUAACACAGGGGCCAUUUUAAUGAAGAAUGGCGUCCUUCAGGUUUCAACCUUUGAUUUCCAUGGAGCUGACACCUCAGACACUACCAGUAAUAAUGCUGUUCUGCAACUGGUUGCUGGCGAUAAGGUGCACUUGGAACUGUGGGAGAACGGCAGAGUGUUUGAUCAUAAUGCACACACGACCUUCAGUGGUUUUCUCCUCUUCACUGUGUAG